AGUUUAGAACUUGUCAAACAAAUUUUUGUUUGUGCAAGUAGUAAAUAACUUGUCGACAAUAUCAUUUUUGUAUGUGGUAUCAAGACUAUAACGCAUGGCCAUGUCCCCUGAGGCGAAGCGUUUCUUACAAUUCGUAUGUUACAGAAUAUAGCUUGUUUGAAGUAAGAAGAAAGUAACUGAAAAUUUUCAUUAAUCUCUCAUUUAAACCCCUUAACCUUAACGGCUCCGGCCACAGAUAAGCCGGUGAGUAAAAUAGCAAAAAAAAUGUAUUAAAGAAAUGAAAGGGAAUAACGUGUUCUUGGAUUAGUCUAUUAAACAGUAAGCAAGGAAGAGGCUGAAAACAAGAUUAAGAAAAGAAUAAAUAAAAACGUCUCUGGGUUGGUAAGCGGCAAAAUCCAGCUGCCAUGCCUAUUUGACUUCCUCAUUAGUUCAUGCUGAGCUCGUCUUCUUCUUCUUCCUCUCUCUCUCCAAAAGCUACUUUAAAUCUCUUUCUCUCUUAGUAAUGAAAUUGAGCAACCUCAACACAACAUGAAUAACUCUACACCAGUGAGGAGUUUGGUUUCAUCAAAGGCAAUGAAAUGUUUCUACUUCAGCAAAGAUAAACCUCAAGAUGGAGCAGCUAAGACGAGAAAGUCUGAUUCAUUGCAAGGAUCAGGGUCUGAGUUUAACUCAAGUACAAGUACUACAACUUCCAUCACUUCUUCCUUGCACGUCCUUUCCGAGACACACAGUAACAAUCUCAAAGUCUUUGCCCUCGAUGACCUCAAAACCGCUACCAAGAACUUCAGCCGGUCCUUGAUGAUCGGCGAAGGUGGCUUCGGUGGUGUGUUUCGUGGCGUGAUCCAGAACCCUCAAGAUUCUCGUAAGAAGAUUGAUAUAGCUGUUAAACAACUCAGUAGAAGAGGUCUUCAGGGGCAUAAAGAAUGGGUGACAGAAGUAAACGUGUUGGGAGUCGUGGAGCAUCCAAAUCUGGUGAAGCUGAUAGGUUACUGCGCUGAGGAUGAUGAGAGAGGGAUCCAACGGCUACUUGUUUAUGAAUACGUACCAAACAGGAGCGUUCAAGACCAUUUAUCAAAUCGUUUUAUAGUCACUCCUCUUCCUUGGUCCACAAGAAUGAAGAUUGCUCAAGACACUGCUCGAGGACUCGCUUAUCUUCAUCAAGGCAUGGAGUUUCAGAUCAUCUUUAGGGACUUCAAAUCUUCCAAUAUUCUUCUUGAUGAAAACUGGAACGCAAAGCUAUCUGACUUUGGACUGGCUCGUAUGGGUCCUUCAAAGGGAGUCACUCAUGUCUCCACUGCGGUUGUAGGAACCAUUGGUUAUGCAGCACCUGAGUACAUCCAAACAGGACACCUCACGGCCAAAAGCGACGUGUGGAGCUACGGGAUCUUUCUGUACGAGCUCAUCACAGGGAGACGUCCCUUCGAUAGGAACCGCCCAAGAAACGAGCAGAACAUCUUGGAGUGGAUAAGACCUCACUUGACUGAUAUCAAGAAGUUCAAGAUGAUCAUUGACCCAAGACUUGAAGGAAACUACUACCUCAAGUCGGCUUUGAAGCUGGCUGCUGUUGCCAACAGGUGUUUGAUGGUGAAAGCAAAGGCAAGGCCAACGAUGAGUGAGGUCUCAGAGAUGUUGGAAAGGAUUGUGGAGAGUUCAGAAGAGGUUUCUCCCGCUCUGCUGUUGGUGAAGAGCUUGACGCCUAAAGAUGCGUUUGAGGCGUCAAGGAGAGAGAAAGUUAAGAGAAGAUUUGUUGAACUUGUAACUGGGGUAAAUGGUUGUCCUAAUCUGCCUACUUGGUCUCCUAAACUUGUCACUUCUCUUUGAUUUUUGAGACAGAACAUAAACAAACCAAACAAACAACAACUCAGCGUUUGUGUUUGUGUUAUGAAAAUAUUAUUGUCAUUAUUAUAAAAUAUUAACAAGCUUUAAAUUAGGGGUUUAGAUAUCUUCUUCCACACGUUGCUCUUCGUUCGCCGCCGUGCCCCAACCCUUAAAACCCUAGCUUCCUCUUGGACACAGAGACGUUCUUAUGUUGAUGUUUACAUGAAAUGGAAAAAAAGAUGUUUACUUUGACAACAUAGAACACAUUCUCCUGAUGAUUACCUUCAGUUUUAAGAGAUGAAUAUUGAUUCUUUUUUUCAAAUUAGUGGAGUAAAGGGUUUAGCUGUAAACUGUACUGGAGAAAAGGUUGUCUGUGUUGCAGAAGAAUGCAAUGAAUAAGAGAGGAGGAGGAGGAGUAGACCAUUCAACUAUUGAGUUUCCUUUUUCCCAUCAAAAGGUUGUAGAUUGAGAGUCAAGGUUGAACAUUUUAUAUUGCCUCAGAAGGUUCACAAGGCCUUUGAGAGACAUUCACAAAUCUUUUACUUGUCUAUGAAGAAUAAGACCAAGACAGUGUUAAAGAAGAAUUCAGAGUUGAUUCUCAAGAGUAGAGGAAGUAGUUACAGGUUUUUGAAAGAAAGGAUUGUAGAGAGAGAUUUGGAUUUUCAUUGCUAAGGCAGAAUCUUUAUUAAUCAAAAACAUCAUUAAUGGAUUUGUUUCAAACCAGUCUUAAAGAUGCAGAUCAUCAUCACUCAAAAUAUUACAAUAAAAAAACCGUGAAUGCAAGAAUGAGUUUGCUCUAUGAUAACAAAAUGGGUAUAAGAUUUGUAUAAAAAGAAAAAUAUAUUCAUGUUCAACUGCUCAGUUUCUGAAUGAUCUUGGAGAGAGCUGAAUAUGAGCCAAUUACGGAAGAUAUUGCUCCUACCACGAUGAUUAAAACACACAGCAGCAUCUACAGAAACAAAACCAAAUCCAUUUGUCAAUGAAGUUUACAACAAUGUUUUUAUGUUACACUGAGUAUAGAAACAGAAUUGCUAAUAACCAUUACCUGUGUCGAGGUCACUUUUCCCCGUACGAUGCUCAGGAAACAAACUGGGGGAAGUAUUAGCGUCUGCACAAAACAAACUAUGAACUAACAUAUCUAAAAAAAUAGUGUCAGGUUAUUAUUGUAGAGAAGGAAAAGAUAUCUUACGACGAGCAUUGUCAACAAUGAUCCAAUCAAUGACAUGACAAGACC